AUGGCCCAGCUCGACGACGCCAAAUACGCCAAGUCGCUCCUCAAGAAGCUCCGCCAGAUCGAGGAGCUCAAGGCGCUCCGAAGCCUCGACGCCGCGCAGCGCCAGAAAUUGCAGGGCGAAGCCGCGCUGCGCGCCAAACUCGCGACGCUCGGCGUUGCGGCGCCGCCGCCGUCGACGACGCCGGCGCUCUCGGCGCGCGAGCUGCGCGAUCGGAUCGGCGCCGCGACCUCGGCGGCCGAGGUGCUCGACGUCGUCGCCACGGCGCCCAGCAGCCUCGACGGCCCGACGGCGACGCACGCGCUGUACUGGCUGGCGCGCUGCUGCGCGUCGGAGCGCUCCGCCACAAGGGAGAAGGCGGCCGCCCUCGACGCGGCGGCGCUCGCGCAGCUGGUGAGCCGCCUCGAGCAGACCGCGAGCGGCCUCGGCGCACGCGAGGUGAGCAAGGCGGCGUCGGCGCUCGGCAAGCUGCUGCAGCGCGCUGGUGCGGACGCGGAGGCGCCUUCGCUGCGGCGCGCGCUGGCGGCCGUCACCGACUGCUGCGUGCGCGGCGCCACGGCGCUCGACGCGCAGGCGGUGGCGACUGUGCUUCACGCGCACGCGAGCGGCGGCUGCGCGCCAGCCGAGGCGUCGAUGCGAGCGCUGCAGCAACGCGCUGCCACGCUCGCGUCGGACGGCGACUUCAACCCGCAGGAUUCUGCCAACACUCUGUGGGCCUUCGCCAAACUCGGCGUGCCUCCCGACGGCGCGCUGGCGGCGGCGCUGGCGUUGCGCCUCGCCGACGGCGCGGCGGCGGCGAUGAAGCCGUUUGAGCUCAGCUCGACGGCGUGGGCGCUCGCCAAGCUGCACACGGCGGGACGGCUGCCCGACGAGCUCGCGACCGCCGAGGUUGUAAACGCGCUGCACGAGGCGGCCGCGACGAGCGUGGUGUGGAUGAAUGCGCAGGCGUCGGCCAACACUUUGUGGGCCUUUUCGCGCCUCGAGCCGCCGCCGCCGCCCGCGCUGUGCGACGCGCUGCUGCGCCGCGCCGAGGCGUGUGCGCGCGACAUGAGCGCCCAGGGCGUCGCCAACGUCUGCGGCGCGUGCGCGCGCCUCGGCGGCGCCGCCGACGUGCCGCUGAGCCUCUUGCGCAGCGCGCUGGGCGGCGCCAGCCUCGGCGCCACCGAUCUUGGCGAGAUUGCGCGGGCGCUCGGCGUGAUGGUGGCGGCGACGGUGGGGCCGCCGCCGCUACUCUUCCAGGUCGGCGCGGCGGUGUGCCAGCGGGCGGCCGCGCUCGCCGAUGCGGAGGGCCUCGACUGGCAAGCCGCCGGCCUCGUCGAGUUUGGCGCGCGCGCGCUGCAGCGCAGCGUCAUGGCGGCCGAGGGACAGCCCGUGCCGCCCACCGCCGCUGCGCUGCCCUCCUCCUCGUCGUCGUCGUCCGCCGCCGCCGCCGCCGCCGCCGCCGCCGCCGCCGCCGCCGCCGCCGCCGCCGCCGAGGCGCCCGUCCGCCGCGCGGCGCUCGCGGCGGUGUGCGCGGCGCAGACGCGGCGUGGCGACGUUGACGCGGCGGCGGCGGCGGCGGCGCUGCCCGUUGUGCGCGCGUGGGCGCUGCCGCGCGGCGCCACUGUGCUGCUCGCGCUGACGCCGAGUGCCGGCGGCGCGGCGGAGACGCUCGAGGCCGCACUGCGCGGCGCGGGGCUCCGCGUGUGCCUCUGGCGCCGCAUGAGCGAGAAGGGCGGCGCGGAGGCGACGGCGUGGCCGCCGAGCGGCAGCUUCGACGGCGCGCUCCUGCGCCUGCCGCACACGCGCGGCGCCUUCGAGUACGCGCUGCACGCGGUGGCCGCCGUGCUGCGCCCCGGCGCACCGCUCGCCGUCUUCGGAUCUCGCGCCGAGGGCAUCGCCACCGCCGCGGCGCGGCUGCGCGCCGCGCCGGCCGCACCCGCGCCCGCCGGAGCGGCGCUCUACGAGGGCGUCGCCUUCGCGCCGUCGGCCACGGUGCCGGGCGGCGGCGAGGCCGCGGCCGUCGGCGUCGUGCGCGCCACGCGCGCGGGCGGCGCCGACGCCUCGUUCGGGCCCGCGACGUGGGAGGCGGCGGCGACGCUCGACGCCGCCCCGCCGCCCUCGACGACGACGGCCCGCCCUCCGCGCCGCGUCGCGCCGCUGCCCUGGGUCACGCUGCCCGGGCUCUUCGCGGGCGGCGGCCUCGAUGUGAUGACGACGGCACUCCUCGCCGCGCUGCCGGAGCCGCCGGCGCGCGCGCGCGUGCUCGACUUCUGCUGCGGCUCGGGCUCGAUCGCCGCCGCGCUGCGCGCCGCCGGCGGCGGCGCCGCGCUCCGGCUCCACCUGCUCGACGCCGACGCCGUCGCCCUCCGCGCCGCGCGACGGAACGUGGCCGACGCCACGGCGCACGUGCUCUCCGACGGCUUCGCCGCGCUGCCGCGGCGGCCGCGCUUUCACUGGAUCGUUUCCAACCCCCCCGUGCACAACGGGCUGCAGUCGGACUUUCGCGUGCUCCGCCUCCUCGUCCGCCGCGCCGCGCGCCGGCUCCGCUCCGGCGGCGAGCUCUUCAUCGUGGUGCAGACCUACGUGCCGCUCGGCGCGAUGCUCGCCGAUCAGCCGAAGCUCGAGGACGAAGGAGCUCUAGCGAUAGAGGACCCCAUGUCGCCACGCGGCGCGCGGCUCGUCGUCGCCUUGCUGCGCUGCGCCGCCGUGGUCGCGAUGGCCAUCGGCGGCUCGCAGGGCCGUGGCUCGCGCUGGGCCGUAAGGAGCCCCGUGCGGCCGGCUGGGGUGCAGCAGGCCGUGCGGCGAUGGCGGCGGGCGGGCCAGCAGCGGCGCACCGCCAUCGGCCGGCGCAACGCGAGCCGCAUUAUCGAGCUUUGGACGUGCCAGGCCGGCGGCCACGAGUGGGGCGGCCUCGGCGUGAACAGCACCACGCUCUGUGAGUGGCUCUCGGGCGAAGACGGCGCACCGGCGGAGUUGCUGCAAGCUCUCGGCGCUGCCGGCCUUGCCUUGGCGUUCCCGCUUCGAUUGGAUUGUCUUUUAUCCGCCGGUGCACAAUUGGCUGCCGACCGACUUCCGCGUGCUCCGCUCCUCGUCCGCGGCGCCGCGCGCCGGCUCCGCUCCGGCGGCGAGCUCUUCAUCGUGGUGCAGACCUACGUGCCGCUCGGCGCGGUGCUCGCCGAUCAGCCGAAGCUCGAGGACGUGCGCACGCUCUCCGACGACGGCCGGUUCAGCGUGUGGGCCGCGCGGAAGCGGGCGCAGGGCGGUGGAGGAGGCGAGAAGAAGGCGAUGGCGGGGAAGAGGAAGCGCGAGGGAUCGUGCCCAGUGUUGUGCGAGAGAGCUGGAGUCCCGUUGUAA